UUUGCACUGUACCCUCCACUAGGACGUCUCCCUUCUCUGAACCUUCUGUGCCCCAAAGAAGCACCAUGACCUGUGGAUCUUACUGUGGCCGCGCCUUCAGCUGUGCCUCAGCCUGCGGGCCCCGGCCAGGCCGCUGCUGCAUCUCCGCCGCCCCCUACCGUGGUAUCUCCUGCUACAGAGGCCUCACCGGGGGAUUUGGAAGCCGCAGCAUCUGUGGGGGCUUCCGCUCCGGCUCCUGUGGCCGCACCUUUGGAUACCGCUCUGGGGGCGUGUGUGGACCCAGCCCUCCCUGCAUCACCUCCGUGUCAGUCAACGAGAGCCUCCUCACACCCCUCAACCUGGAGAUCGACCCCAACGCCCAGUGUGUGAAGCAGGAGGAGAAGGAGCAGAUCAAGUGUCUCAACAGCAAGUUUGCGGCCUUCAUUGACAAGGUGCGCUUCCUGGAGCAGCAGAACAAGCUGCUGGAGACCAAGUGGCAGUUCUACCAGAACCGCCAGUGCUGUGAGAGCAACCUGGAGCCGCUGUUCAGUGGCUACAUUGAGACGCUGAGGCGGGAGGCCGAGUGUGUGGAGGCUGACAGCGGGAGGCUGGCUGCGGAGCUCAACCAUGUGCAGGAGGUGCUGGAGGGCUACAAGAAGAAGUAUGAGGAGGAAGUUUCUCUGAGAGCAACAGCAGAGAAUGAGUUUGUGGUUUUGAAGAAGGAUGUGGACUGCGCUUACCUGCGCAAGUCAGACCUGGAGGCCAACGUGGAGGCCCUGACCCAGGAGAUCGACUUCCUGAGGCGCCUGUAUGAGGAGGAAAUCCGCGUGCUCCACUCCCACAUCUCAGACACCUCAGUUGUGGUCAAGAUGGACAACAGCCGGGACCUGAACAUGGACUGUGUCAUUGCUGAGAUCAAGGCUCAGUACGACGACAUUGCCAACCGCAGCCGGACUGAGGCUGAGAGCUGGUACCGCAGCAAGUGUGAGGAGAUGAAGGCCACGGUCAUCAGGCACGGGGAGACCCUGCGGCGCACCAAGGAGGAGAUCAAUGAGCUGAACCGCAUGAUCCAGAGGCUGACGGCCGAGGUGGAGAACGCCAAGUGCCAGAACACCAAGCUGGAGGCCGCGGUGACCCAGUCUGAGCAGCAGGGCGAGGCUGCCCUGGCCGAUGCCCGCUGCAAGCUGGCCGGGCUGGAGGAGGCCCUGCAGAAGGCCAAGCAGGACAUGGCCUGCCUGCUCAAGGAGUACCAGGAGGUGAUGAACUCCAAGCUGGGCCUGGACAUCGAGAUCGCCACCUACCGGCGCCUGCUGGAGGGCGAGGAGCAGAGGCUGUGUGAGGGUGUUGGCUCCGUGAAUGUCUGUGUCAGCAGCUCCCGCGGUGGCGUGGUCUGUGGAGAUCUCUGCGCCUCCGGUUCUGCCCCUGCUGUGGCCACCAACGUCUGCAGCGCCCCCUGCAGCGGCAACGUGGUGGCCAACACCGCCUGCGCCCCCUGCGGCGGCUGCAAGAGGUGCUAGGCUAGAAGGCUGCACAAGCUGUCGUCGCUGUCAUCGUCUGCCCAGCCAGGACCCUGCAUAACUGGGACGCCCCUGCAGUCGCCCCUCGCACUGCACGCCUCCCGAGGACCAGUCAGAUGUGUACACCUGCUUCCUCUGAGCGCCUCCCCCACCCCGUCAUCCAUCCUUGUGUUGUUGGAUCUGCAGGGAGGCCUCUUUCUGUAACCUUUUCUUGUAGUUUAUCUAUUGUCUUGAAAACUCAUUUUUUCUUCAGCCUUCCGUUUAUUGUUGCAAUGCUUGGUGCUGCUUGACCUUUCCUUGGAGCUUGGAGGAGUGGUGGGGGGGAGAAUCUCCCUGCCUGCACUUCCUGUGGAGUGGAGAGGGAACACGGAUAGUGGGUUCCUUGUAACUAAGCGAGAGCCCAAGAAUAUGGGAGAACAUAUUCCCUGGCCUGCAGAAGCUGCCUCAAAGCCCCAACUCAUUCACCUGCAUGUUUGUUUGCCUUUGUUUUACUCUGAUUCUCUAAUAAACUAACUGUAGCUAAUCAAA